AUGAGACUACUUGGAAGCUACUCAAACGUCUACAGGAUGAUCUUUCGCGGUGAAACUUCUCAUCAGUUGAUGAAGGUCCUGACGCGGCGGCGCGAGGGCGGCGGCGUACGACGUCUUCAUCAACCACCGGGGUGGACACGAAGCACAACGUGGCGCGUGCUGUACGACCGGCUGCUGCAGCUGAGCGGCGGGCGGGUGCGCUCCUUCCUGGACAACAAGUCGAUGCGCCCGGGCGACCGGCUGGAGGAGCGCAUCAACGCCGGCAUCGGCCAGUGCAAGGUGGGGGUGGCCAUCUUCUCCAGGCACUACUUCGACUCCGACUUCUGCCUCCACGAGCUCGCCUCGCUCGUCGAGGCGCGCAAGGCCAUCAUCCCAAUCUUCUACGGCAUCAAGCCCUCCGAGCUCGUCCUGCCGCAGGACGUCGUCGACAGCAACGCCUACGCCCCCCGCGACAUCGAGCGCUUCCGCCUCGCGCUCCGCGAGGCCAAGUACACCGUCGGGAUCACCUACGACCCGGCCACAGGUGACUUGGCCGAGCUGGUGUCAAGGGCAGCGGACGCGGUCAUGGAGAGGAUUAAAGAAACAGAGAUGAGCGUGCCACGAAGGCAGCAGAUGAUCGCCUCCAGGCUGUAA